AUGGCAAAGAAGGCCAAGUCUCGCACCAUUGCAGUCCGCCUCAUCAGCAUGGCCAUGACAGGCUACUACCGCACUCUAAUCCGCCCCCGAACCUCCCGGCCACUGAGCAUGAUGAAAUACGACCCCGUGGUGAAGAAGCAGGUUCUCUUUCUGGAGGCGAAGCGAGGCAAAGGGAAAUGA